AUGUUAGAUUCUGAACAGUCGCCAACAAUGCCUGUUGAUGGAGGAGGGACCGGUCCCCUCACGUGGGAUGACGCCACGUGGAUUCUAACAAGUGCCUUCAUCAUCUUCACCAUGCAGUCAGGUUUCGGUCUGCUGGAAGCCGGCUGCGUGUCAUCUAAAAACGAGGUGAACAUCAUGGUUAAAAACGUCAUCGACGUCGUCUUCGGUGGCAUAACCUACUGGGCCGUCGGCUUCGGCAUCAGCUUCGGCCGUGGCGAAGGCACCAACGCCUUCUAUGGCGUCGGCUACUGGUUCGUGAACCCGGACGACGAAAACGCCGGGCUCGUGUAUUCCACGUUCGUCUUUCAGCUGUCGUUUGCGACGACGGCCACGACUAUUGUGUCCGGGGCCAUGGCGGAGAGGACGAAACUCAGCGCCUACAUCGUCUUCUCCACCAUCAACGUCAUCAUCUACUGCUUCCCCGCUCACUGGAUGUGGGGAACGAAGGGCUUUCUGCACAGUCUCGGCGCCAUCGACUUCGCCGGGUCAGGGGUGGUUCAUCUGGUCGGCGGGUCAUCGGCGCUGGUGGCCGCCAUGAUGCUGAAACCAAGAACUGGGAGGUUCGAUGACACAAAGCCUCAGGCGGCGACGAACCAGGUGAACUCUCUCCUUGGCAUGUUCAUGUUGUGGUGGAGCUGGCUAGCGUUUAACUGUGGAAGUACUUUCGGAAUAUCAGGAGGGAAAUGGCAACUGGCAGCUAAAUCAGCCGUGACAACGUUGACAGCAUCAAUGUUUGGAGGUGUUGUUGGCACGCUGGGCAGCUUUGUGGUAAACAAGAAAAUCUAUAAACCGUCCUACAUUGUAAACGCUAUUCUUGGGUCUUUGGUUGCAAUAACAGCUAGCUGUGCUGUGGUCCGGUCUUGGGAGGCUGCAAUAAUCGGCACAGUGGGCGCCUUUGUGGCCUUAUUCGCCUCCGCGCUGAUGCUGUACUGUAAGAUCGACGACCCCGUCGAUGCCGUUGCAGUGCACGCUGCUUCCGGUAUAUGGGGCCUUCUUGCCGUAGGGUUCUUUGCCGAUAAAGAUCCAUUCGAGAAUUUGACCCAGGGCCGUAGUGGCCUGUUUCACGGAGGUGGUGGGUACAUGCUGGGAGUUCAGCUACUGGCCUGUGUGUGUCUGUUGGCUUGGUCAAUGUUGUUGACAUACGUCCAGCUUAUUGCUAUUGAUAAAACAUUUGGGCUGCGCAUGUCUGCCGAAGAAGAAGCAUUGGGUGCCGACCUUGUGGAGCACAACGUCAGUCAAGGUCAACUCGGAAAUGAGGCCAACAGUUCCUCUGAAAGUCACAACGACAACAACCACUCGACAACGAGAACUGACACUAACGAAAACAUAGACAGAGACACACAUAUACUGUUUUCCUCACGACACAUUGUCGCUAAUCAUGUUCAUCCAGAAAAUUCGACUGCAAAAGGUCUCAUGUCAGUGUUUUCGCUAACGUCAAUGAUGCCAAAAGAAAAGUUCAGUAUGUCUCCAUCUUAAAAGUAACUAUUUAAGAGAGAGAAAACGAAACAACCGGAAAUUGAUUUGUUGUAGCGACGUUAUUAUACGUGUCUAAAUAUUCGGUUGGGCUGUAACACGUCAACGUCAAUAUAGGAGAAUAUUUGUCAUUUUAGGUACCCAGGACCGCGUGCUUGAACCUUAUUUGGAUAUAACAUUUCAUCUACAGUGAUGUACUGUGUAUUAUUCAUGAUGUCAUUGUAUUGCGUCAAAAACGGUUGAAAUAAUAUUUAUUUCAUAUCAAGUGCAUAUUCAUUCACUGUUAUACCGCCUAUACGUAAUGUGCGCAUUUCCUAUAGAUGGCAGUUUCUUUUAUGUUUUAUGUUUUUAGUCCUCUACCGGUCCGAACGAAGGGGACUAUAGGUUUCAUCUCCGUCCUUCUGUCUGUAUGUCUGUCUGUCUCUG